AUCCUCCAGUGGCUGCUUGGGAAAGGGUACAUGGUUUUGAAAACUUGAGACCCCAGAAUGUUUUAUUUGAGCUGCUGGGUUGAAGGGCCUCACUUGACGUGUCGUUGCAGUAAGCCCCAUUACAGAGCAUUCUCGUGUCCUUAAAGAGUCCUCAGUUAGUGCUUGCUGGAUGAAGAAAUGCAUGGACAGGUGCUGGGGAAGACAUCUGAGGCUCCAUCACCACCUUGUCUGUGGAUCAGCUGAUGGACCAUGGACUGAAGGUGGCCUUGCAGAUUCAGAGGGUGGUGACGCCGGUGCCCACGCUGGGUCUCCCCAUCCCAUGGGUGGCCAGGGCUUCUGCUCUGCCUGCUCAGGACCCUGCCUGGCUCCAAGAAGAGGAGGAAGCCACAGCUCCUGGGUUGCUGACCACCUGUUCCCAGGAACCAGUUUCCUUUGCGGAUGUGGUGGUGGUAUUCACCCCAGAAGAAUGGGUGUUUCUGGACUCUGCUCAGAGAAGCCUGUACAGAGAUGUGAUGCUGGAGAACUAUAGGAACCUGGCCUUCGUGGGAGAUCAACUAUGCAAACCCAGUACGUUGUCCCACUGGGAGCAAAGAGAGGAGCUGUGGAGCACUGGGAGAGGAGUCUUCCCAGAGACCUGUUUAGGACCUCACCUUCGACCCCAAGAAUCAAUUCCUAGCCAAGAUAUUUUUGUGGGCAUUCCAUCCAUUGGCACAAAUCAGGAGCAGCCGCAGCCUGGAGAAAAGCGCCGUGAGUACGGGGAGCCGGGGAAGCCCUUUAGUACUGCCGAGCCACUGCUUCAGUACCAGACAGCUGCUGCGGGCGAGGCCCCCUACCCACGGCAGAGCAGGCAGUCCUUCCUCCAGACCACUCACCUGAUCACGCCUGGAAAAGUCCGCGGCGUGGAUAAAACGUACGCAUGCAGCCAGUGUGAAAAGUCCUUCCGAUACAGCUCUGACCUCCUCAGGCACGAGAAGACUCACACCGCAGAGAAGUUCUUCGAGUGCCAAGAAUGUGGACAGGCCUUCAAGUAUUCCUCGAAUCUGCGGAGACACCUGCGAACUCACACUGGAGAGAAACCCUUUGAGUGCGGUCAGUGUGGGAAAACCUUCACCCGGAACUUCAACCUGAUUCUGCACCAGAGAAACCACACGGGAGAGAAGCCCUACGCGUGCAAGGACUGCGGGAAAGCCUUCAAUCAGCCGUCCUCUCUGCGCAGCCACGUGAGGACCCACACUGGAGAGAAGCCCUUCGAGUGCAGCCAGUGCGGGAAAGCCUUCAGGGAGCACUCGUCGCUGAAGACGCACCUGCGGACCCACACCAGAGAGAAGCCCUACGCGUGCAGCCAGUGCGGGAAGCCCUUCCGGACCAGCACGCAUCUGAACGUGCACAAGAGAAUCCACACGGGGGAGAAGCUGUACGAGUGUGGGACAUGUGGUCAGGUCUUGAGUCGCCUGUCCACCCUGAAGAGUCACAUGCGGACUCACACGGGAGAGAAGCCCUACGCGUGCCAGGAGUGCGGGCGAGCCUUUAGCGAGCCCUCGUCCCUCAGGAAGCACGCGAGGACGCACACGGGCAAGAAGCCCUACGCGUGCCAGGAGUGCGGGCGAGCCUUCGGCCAGUCCUCACACCUCAUCGUCCACGUGAGGACCCACUCUUCGGGGAGACCCUAUCCGUGCAACCAGUGUGAGAAAGCCUUCAGGCACAGCUCGUCGCUUGCCGUGCACAGGAGGACCCACACGGGCAGAGAGAGCGUCCGGAAUGGCGGCUUGCCUCCGUCAGGGCCUCAGCCCUACGGGGCCUUGUCAGCUAGCUCUGGGUUUGUAAAAGGGUAGACAUUUGGGCCGCCAGUGCUUCUUACACUCGUUAGCCUGUGUCUCAUCUUGCCACGUCCGGCAGGUGAAACCAGCCCUGGCCUAUUUAUUCUUGUUACACGAAAAGAAUGAAUUUCUACUAUACAAGACAUUGUUGAGGACACAAUAGGACAGAAUGGGGGUGGGUUUAUUUAUUUUACCACAAACCCCUAGCGGAUACAUUUGUUAUGUCAGUUUAUGCAGACACUUCAUGGGUGGUAGAAGGCAGUGUACCAUGUUCUACGUAAGCCCCCUGGAUCUAGCACGUUAUUUGUGUAAAUACACAUUUAUAAAUACUGAUUUCUGAUCUGUCAUCUACUGAGAGGGAUAUGUCAUACUCUCCCACCAUGGAGGUAGAGUGCUGAAUAAUCCUUGUACUUCUGUCAGGUUUUAAGUGUAUGUGUAUAUUUUGAAGCAAUGGAAUUAAACAGAAGGCUUUUGACA